GAGAUCAGCGAUGCAGACGUGCAGGAGCUGGUGCGAAGGUCCAUCGGGAGGUUGACCAUUAUCCGGCAGACGUUCCCGGUCCCCCAGAACAUAAGUCAGCGCUGCUUCCGCGGCAACCACCGCAUCUCCUCCUCGCUGUGUGAUCCCAAGGACCCCUUCUCCCAGAGCAUGGAGAUCUCCAAUCUGUACAUAUAUGACACUGUCCUGCUGCUGGCAAAUGCCUUUCACAAGAAGCUGGAGGACAGGAAGUGGCACAGCAUGGCCAGCUUGACCUGCAUCAGGAAGAACUCGAAACCGUGGCAGGGAGGCCGCUCCAUGCUGGACACCAUCAAGAAGGGUGGAGUGAAUGGUUUGACUGGAGAACUCGAAUUUGCAGAAAACGGGGGGAAUCCCAAUGUCCACUUCGAAAUUCUGGGGACCAAUUAUGGAGAAGAUCUUGGCAGAGGCAUCCGCAAGCUCGGCUGCUGGAAUCCUGUCACCGGCCUCAACGGCUCCCUGACGGACAGGAAGCUGGAGAACAACAUGCGAGGAGUCGUCCUGCGCGUGGUGACCGUGCUG